AUGGGGGUAGACACUGAUCAAAUCGGCAUUUGGUGUACAAACUCAGAUGGACUGACUCCAUAUACAGGUGUUGCUUAUGAAACUCAACGCUGGGAAUGCGUAAAUGGAACACCGUAUGUACCAGCAAGUACAUACAAGGCUGGCGCACAAAGAGGGUUUAUGAGUAAGAUGCUAGUGGUAUUGAUGGUAUUGAUUAAUACUGUGUUGGGUAUAUCCUAA